CGUAGACAUCCUUUUCCCCUCAACGGCGCAAAUUUGGACCACGAUGCCUAGGGAAAUCAUCACGAUCCAAGCCGGCCAAUGCGGCAACAACGUCGGUAGUCAAUUCUGGCAACAGCUGUGCCUGGAGCAUGGCAUCAACCAAGAUGGGAACCUGGAGGAGUUCGCGACCGAGGGCGGUGAUCGCAAGGAUGUGUUCUUCUACCAAAGUGACGACACCCGAUACAUUCCCCGCGCGAUCCUACUCGACUUGGAACCAAGAGUUCUUCACGCCAUUCAAUCCGGUCCAUAUCGCAAUAUCUACAACCCCGAGAACUUCUUUAUCGGACAAAAUGGUGUCGGUGCUGGAAACAACUGGGGUGCCGGAUACGCAGCUGGAGAAGGGGUCCAAGAAGAGAUCUUUGACAUGAUCGACCGAGAAGCAGAUGGUAGUGAUUCACUAGAGGGCUUCAUGCUAUUACACUCCAUCGCCGGUGGUACAGGCUCUGGACUAGGAAGUUAUCUCCUGGAGCGAAUGAAUGACCGCUUCCCCAAGAAACUGAUUCAGACAUACUCUGUCUUCCCGGAUAUGCAAACAACAGACGUGGUCGUCAAUCCUUACAACAGUCUGCUUUCCAUGCGGCGAUUGACACAAGAUGCGGACUCUGUGGUCGUACUAGAUAAUGGCGCGCUCUCGCGCAUUGUCGCUGAUCGCCUCCACAUGAGACCCGACUCUUUCGAUGAUAAGAUGAACUUCGACCAGACUAACCAGCUGGUAUCCACGGUGAUGUCGGCGUCCACGGCUACACUCCGCUACCCAGGCUACAUGCACAACGACCUCGCCGGAAUCAUUGCCUCGCUCAUCCCCACGCCACGGUGCCACUUCUUGCUCACAUCCUACACUCCUUUCACCGGCGAUAGCAUCGAACAAGCCAAGACAGUGCGCAAAACCACCGUGCUAGAUGUGAUGCGCCGUCUUCUCCAGCCCAAGAACCGCAUGGUCUCCAUGACUCCCAGCAAAUCCAGCUGCUACAUUAGUAUCCUGAACAUGAUCCAGGGUGAAGCCGACCCUACCGACGUGCACAAGUCGUUACUCCGUAUCCGCGAGCGCCGACUCGCCUCUUUCAUCCCCUGGGGCCCAGCCAGUAUCCAGGUUGCCUUGACGAAAAAAUCGCCGUACCUGCAACACUCGCAUCGGGUCAGCGGUCUCAUGUUGGCUAACCAUACCUCCGUGGCCACCUUGUUCAAGCGAGUCAUCCAACAAUACGAUCGGCUACGCAAGCGCAAUGCCUUCUUGGAGCCGUACAAGAAGGAGGCGCCAUUCGCCGAUGGAUUAGGCGAGUUCGACGAAGCAAGGGCGGUAGUAAUGGAUCUUGUGGCGGAGUAUGAGGCCGCCGAGCGGGAAGACUACCUAGAUCCAGGCGCGGGAGCGGAGAAGGAGCUAGGUGUUUAAAGUGACGAGGCAUUUCAGCUUGGCGAUCCAUAGUAUUUCAUUUCCUCUUUUCUUCCCCCCUCUCAUGUGUCUUGUCUGCCAUGGUUCAAUGUUGCCCCGGCAGGACAAGGGGGGUUUCGGGCGCAUAAAUCGGGCGCGCAGUGGCACCGGCGUUUUGUUUCAUUCUUCAAGUCCAAUACCACUACCUAUUUUCAAUUUUCAUUGACUGCCCAAACCCAUGCCAACACAUGAUUCAUGAAAUUUUCGUAAACGCCUCCCGCCCAGCUUCGUCCACGCUGG